AUGAACAUCACUGACAGAUUCCUUACAUCGCAAGAACGGCAGAGGUUGAAGGAGGAGCUGCUAGCAACUAAUGAUGAUUUCAUACGACAGAUCCCAAAGGUCGAAUUGCACAUCCACAUCGAUGGAAUGGUAACACCAGAGCUUCGAUGGAAGCUAGCCGAAAGAAAUGGAUUAGAAGUGCGCAUGGGAAACGACAAGGUCGUCAUUGAAUCUCUCGAUGACUUGAAGAAAGCUUACGCAUCCGUCAUCUCAACCUCUCAACGCCACAAAUAUGAACACCUCGGUCCAUCUCUGAUUCCACCUACGUUCUUCGAAGCCUACUACUCUGGCCAUGAGGUCCUCCGAACGCGACAAGACUUUUAUGACGUCGCGUUGGCGUAUUUCCGAGGUGCUUCAGAGAUGAAUGUGCGAUACUGUGAGGUCUUUUUUGACCCGCAAGCACAUACUAGCCGCGGUGUUUCUUGGGAAGAUAUGAUGGGAGGACUUCGUGAUGCGCAAAAUGAGUCGGCUAGGACCCUGAAUGUCAAAGUUGCUUGGAUCAUGUGCUUCCUUCGUGAUCAAUCUCCAGCUUCUGCAAUGGAACACUACGAAGCAGCGCUUCCAUAUCGAGACAUGAUCAUUGGAAUUGGACUAGAUUCAAAUGAACACAAACGGCCUCCGAUCCUGUUCAAGGAAGUCUUUCAACGGGCCAAAAAUGACGGUUUCAAAAUCACAGCGCAUUGCGAUGUCGGUCAGGAAGACACUCAUCAGAAUAUUCACCAGCUCAUCUCACCCUCCGAAGAAAUUCUCACACAUCGCAUCGACCACGGUCUAAACGCAUCAGACAAGCCAGAGCUUGUGGAGCUUAUCACGAGCCAAGGCAUUGGCAUGACAAUCUGUCCCUGGGCUUAUCUAAGGCGCUUCAAUCUCGAGGAAAUUGGCCGCCGUCUGCGGACAUUGAUCGAUGCAGGUGUCCAGAUUUGCAUUUCGAGCGAUGACCCUCCCUUGAUGGAAGGCGCGUGGAUUAUGCAUAACAUACUGCUCGCCAGGCAGCUUUGUUGCUUGAAAGAGGAAGAUAUUGUAAAGAUGAUGGCAGAUGCGGUAGAAAUCUCUUGGGCAGUUCAAGACGUGAAGGCGGAAGUUUUGGCAGAGCUUGGUGGGAACGCAUAUAGAUCUGUUACUAAUAGAAACGCUAAGUAG